AGAAAAAAGAAGCAAAAAGACCAGGAAGAUGCAGCGGAGGAUCGAGAAACGAAAGAAGAAAAGGAGGAACCGAGAAAGGGCGCAGACGCUUCGGAGAGACGAAGAAAGAAGAAGGAUGACACUGAGAAGGGCUCAGAUGCUUCGGAACGGCGUAGAAAACAGAAGGACGACAAAGAGAAGGAUAAAGGUGAAACUUCAGAGCGGAAGAGGAAACAGAAAGACAAAGAUAAAGGCGAUACAUCAGAAAGACGAAAGGUGCUUUGA